AUGUGCCCGCCAGGCGAGUACCCCGCGCCCGAGUCGGAUAAAUGCGCCUUGAAAAAUGAAGUCGACCGCCUGCGCAGGCGCUGUGCCGCACUGGAAAAAAACCUCCAUUCGAUACCAUCCGAUGGCGCCGCAGAUGCCCUGCGGCACCUCCAUCGCGGCAACUCGGCAACAUCUUCAUCGACUGCUCAAAGCUCCCACCCGGACCACCUGGGCCCAGAUGAUUCUGAUGCGUCCGAUGGCCGCAUGCUUCGUGAUCCGGAUGGCACAGCGCGAUAUCUGGGCGAGACUUCCGGAGCAACCUUCCUUGACCACUUGAAGAAUUUCAUGUUCACCCUGGUCCCAGUGACGUUCCAGGAUGAUUGCGCCGACAGCUCGUCGUUCGUCAGCACCAUAGGCCAAUAUCAGACCUUCGACUCUCGGCCGCUGCCCAAUCCGGACGUGAACCCGGUAUGGCUUCCCUCCCGGACGGAGAUGUCCGCUAUGCUUUUUGAGCUGUGCUAUUACAUCCAAGAUGGCAACGGAGACUUUGCCUCGGGUGGUAUCUACUGGUGA